UCACACUAUCAUGUGAUAGUGAUGCAUCUCACAAUGAAUUGACCAUAACAACAUUGCUGAUAUUUUUCAGAUCUCAUUUCGCCCAAAAAAACUCAACUACUAUGGCGACGAAACCUUCCUCCUCCACCACCACCACCACCGCCUCCGCUUCCGCCGUGGCUGAAACUUCUUCGGUGAAAAUAUCGCCGGAAGUUGACCCAAAGCAUGUUUCGGAAACCCAAUUGUUUGUUAAGCUAAUGGGUAUUGGUGCUCCGGUUCCUGAAAACUGUAACACAGAUGGUUUCUUUGAUUCUUUUCUUCGGAAUUUCAUCAAAGUUGAUCAAAUUCAACGUGGUCGGAUCACUUGUACUGUUGUCGCCAAACCACCUAUCUGUAAUGCCUAUGGAACACUGCAUGGAGGCGCUGUUGGGUCCUUAGUUGAAGUUCUGUCAACUGCUUGUGCUAGAACUGUAGUUGCUGAGGACAAGGAACUUUUUCUUGGGGAAAUUAGCAUUUCUUACCUCUCUGGCACUCCAAUAAAUGAAGAAGUUGAAGCUAAUGCCUCUGUGGUGAAGAGUGGAAGAAAUUUGACUGUAGUUGCUCUUGAAUUUAAACUGAAGAAAACUGGAAAUUUGGUUUAUCUUACUCAUGCUACCUUCUAUAACAUGCCAGUUUCCAGAUUAUGAUGACUUAGCUUUCUGGUGAUUCUGCAAUUCCAUUUAAUGUAUGUAAUGUAGCAAAAUGCAUUUGAAAUUAAUUUGGCUGAUUCUUAUCAUAUAAAUACAUGUAUAGUAUUAUUCUCCUCUAUAUUGCUCAUUACCAUGGCCAUUAUGAUUUGUGAUGAUAAAUUUUCAUGUAACGAUGCUGAUGUUGUUAAAAAUAGAAUAUCAUUUUUAAUUUAUCCAAA